AUGACUAUACCGACAUCAAUACAGCAUAGCGGCGCCGCUCCAGUGGCGGCGCCGGAUGGCAUCCGCAGAAAUUGGGUGCACGUCACCGCGCCCAAGAACAAGCAGUGGACCACGGCCAUGGACGGCGUCGACAAGCUCAAGCUCGCCGAGGCCGACCUGCCCACGCCCAACGACGGCGAAGUGCUCGUCAAGAUCCACGCCGUGAGCAUAAACUACCGCGACAUUGAAGUCUGCGAGGGCGUCUUCAACCACUACAACACGCAGGCCAGCGAAGCCGUCGUGCCCUGCUCCGACAUGUGCGGCACCGUCGUCGACGCCUCCAAAUCCAAGAGCGCGCGCUUCCAAAACGGCGCCCGCGUCAUGGCCAUUUACCUGCAGAGCCACCUCUACGGCGACGUCGACGAGGAAGACCUGGCGUCGAGCCUCGGCCUGCCUCUGCCGGGCGUCCUCGCGCAGUAUCGCUGCUUCCCCGCCGAGAGCCUCGUCGCCGUGCCCGACUACCUCUCCGACACCGAGGCGAGCUGCCUCCCGCUCGCCACCACCACGGCCUGGACGGCUCUGAACUGGAUGCGCCCGCUGGCCAGCACCAACGAGGUCCGAGACGGCGGGCCCUCCAGGAGGACGGUGCUGCUGCAGGGCACGACGCCCGUGGCGCUCGCCGGCCUGCAGAUCGCCAAGGCCGCGGGGCUCCGGGCCGUCAUGACGGGCUCGACCGACGACUUCACCGCGCGCGCCAAGGCCGAGCUCGGCGCCGACGAGGCCAUCAACUACCAGACGCACUGGGCCUGGGAGGGCGAGGUCCUCAAGGCCACCGACGACCGCGGCGCCGACGUCAUCUUCGAGACGGGCGGCGGCGCGCGCACCCUGCAAAAGAGCUUCAAGUGCGUCGCCUUUGGCGGGCUCAUCAACUGCAUCGGGUCGCUGUCGGGCCGCACCGACGACGGCGAGGACGGCGACGGCGGCGGCGGCGGCGACGGCGGCGACGGCAAGACGCCCAAGCUGCAUAGGCUGAACGUGACGGCUCUCGCGCUGGCGCGAAACGUCACGAUAAAGGGCGUCCUGAACGGCGGGAGGGACCGGCUGGAGGAGGCGCUGGCGUUUUACCAGGAAAAGGGCAUCAAGCCCGUCGUGGACAAGACGUAUGCGUUUGGCAAGGCGCCCGAGGCGCUGGCGUACGUCAAGAAGGGCAAGCAUUUCGGCAAGGUGGUCGUUACCGUCGAGGACGAGCCCGAUGACAAAGAUGGAGAAAAGAAGCCCAGGGCGUAA